AUGGGCAACGACAACCCCUCCUGUUCCUCCUCCACUCUCCGCUUCCUCAAACAACCCGCCUCCGACUCCUCGCCGUUCGAGCUCCACGAAGGCGACAUUGUUUGGUCCUUCUUCCCCUCCGCUUCCCCGCCGUCGCCCCACCGCCGCCGUCAUCGCCAUCGAUUCAGUCCUAUUCGGUCCGGACUUUCUGCCGCCCUGGAAGACCACCAUCUCCCACCAAUGCGCCGAGCCUCGAAGAUGAUGCCUGCGAAUGCACGGCCUCCGAAUGCUUCCCCAAAAUUCCGCCAGUCGGCGCCGGUGAAUGUUCCUGUGUGGCCGGAGAGACAUCGAGAGAGUUACAGCAAGCGCAAUCUGUGGAGGUUCGAUGAGGUGGAGGAUAAAGAUGGGGAGAAAGAGGAAGAGAAGAUGAUUCCACCUCACGUGAUCGUGGCCAGAUCGCACGUGACUUCCUCCGUUUUUGAAGGCGCCGGGAGAACGUUGAAAGGGAGGGAUUUAUGCAGAGUGCGCAACGCUGUUUUCCAAAAAACAGGUCUCAUUGAGUGA